UCCAGAAUGUCGGUGUUCCUCUAUUUGUUUCUCUUGGUAUUUGGGCUUCAGGCUACAAUCCGUUGUGCACAAUAUAACAUUUCUGAAGGCAAAAUUACAACUUGCCAUUUGCCCCAACAAAAUGCCACUCUCUAUAAGAUGUCAUCUAUCAAUGCUGACUUUGCAUUCAGUCUAUAUUGUGGGUUCCCUGUGGAGAACCCGGAUUGGAACAUCUUCUUUUCCCCUGGGAGCAUAUCUGCUGCUUUAGCCAUGCUUUCUUUUGGAUCUGGCUCUAACACUCAAACUCAGAUUUUGGAGGUCUUGGGGUUUAACCUCACAGAUACUCCAAUAACAGAAUUACAUCAGGGCUUCCAACAUUUGAUCUGUUCAUUGAAUUUCCCAAAGAAUGAACUGGAAUUGCAGAUGGGAAAUGCAGUUUUCAAUAGGCAGCAGCUGAAACCACUGGCAAGGGUUUUGGAUGAUGUCAAGACCCUUUAUGAAACUGAAGUCUUUCCUACCGACUUCUCCAAUGUUUCUGCAGCCCAGCAGGAGAUCAACAGUUAUGUGGAGAAGCAAAACAAAGGGAAAAUUAUAGACCUAAUUCAAGUGAACAUUACCAUGAUUCUGGUGAACUACAUUCAUUUCAAAAAUAAGUGGGAAAAUCCUUUCCAUGUAUCUAAAACAGAAGAGAGUACCAGCUUCUCAGUAGACAAGACCACCACAGUACAAGUGCCAAUGAUGCACCACCAAGAACAGUGCUAUCACUUUCUGGAUGUAAAGCUGAAUUGCACAGUACUUCAAAUGGACUACAGUGAGAAUGCCCUGGAACUUUCUGUCCUUCCAAAGGAAGGACACGUAGAGUGGGUGGAGGCAGCCAUGUCAUCUAAGACAUUGAAGAAGUGGAGCCACUUACUGCAGAAAGGGGGAGUAGUAGAGUUGAUCGAGAGAAAGAAAAAGAGAUGCAUCCUAGUGUGUUUUGUGAUUAGUGUGGUGACUGUCAUGUCUCCCUUUCCUUAUUCCACACAGAUGUUUGUUCCAAAGUUUUCCAUUUCUGUUACAUAUAACCUUGGAAGUACAUUUCAGAAGAUGGGCAUGAGGGAUGCCUUUGCUGAAAGUGCCGACUUUCCUGAAAUUACGAAAGACAAAGGUCUAAAGCUUUCCUGUACUUUUCACAAGGCUGUGCUGCACACUGGACAACAAAGAACCAAAGAAGUAGCUGUUCCAGAAGCUGUGUCUCUGGAACAGCCAGAAGUAGCUUCUCUUCAUCCCAUUAUCCAAUUUGACAGAACAUUCUUAUUGGUGGUUUUUGAGAAAAGGACCAGAAGCACUCUCUUUUUAGGGAAAGGCAUUAACCCAGCUAAAGAGUAA